CUCAGCCAAACACAAGAGAACAGGGCCCCGACGCAGUUUUGCCGGGAAGCUCCAGGCAAGUGAUUUCCGGUCCAUGCUGCAGACAAUAGCGGUGAUGUGAUUCGAGUGUUAUGCUGCUGGACCAUUGUUGCGUUGCCGGUCUCGCGUGAGGAACGGCCAUUAAUUAGAGAUUCCUUAUUCAUGGAGAAACGGAAAAAGCACAAAUGGAUCCAGCGCUAGCGAUGAUGACAACGGCGAUAACAAGCACGGAAAACCCCAAAUUAACUGAGCCAUUCAACCUGACGGGACCAUGGGAUAACACAGAUAGAAAAAUAGAUACGACAGUCUCCACAACGUUAUCCAACCAAACACAGAAGUCAAUUAAAGAAUUAUUGUAUAACGGAACGGGAUAUUUCAUCGAAGACGAAGGAGAUCCGGGAGGUUUGAAUGACGUCCAAACGCUUUUCUUGGCCUGCUUUGCAACAUUAAUUCCUUUGGUUCUAACGUUGUUCACAGCAUUCGGUAUAAGGAUUCUGUGGACGAAGUACAAAAGACGCAAGGAAAAUGCUCAAUAUGACGGAAUAUUGCACAGAGACGGCACUUCGGAGUCGAUAGCCAGGCCAUUACAUUCCCAUCUACUCAAUGAUAAGGAAUGCGAAGAUCUUCAUUUGACCAUCACAAAUGAAGAAGUCGAAAUUUGCAAUUUGAACGACUCCCAAUAUACGACAAACAACCAUUGCAACACAAACGGAAGCAUUAUCACAAUGACCUUAAAAAAUAACCAUCUAAUUGUGGAAACCGAAGAAAGAAACGAUAUCGAGGAGGAUAGUCGGGAAACAACGAUGAAGUAUUCACCUGGUGCUAGAGAUGGUGUUUUCGUUGUCGAAGUCCAGCAGGGUGUCAGGAGGAGUCCGAGUUCCGGACCGGCUUCAUGCAAGGAAGAGAUCAGUAACGUUAGUGACCAGUGUGCUUUAGUACAUAAUCCACCAGACAGAUUUAGCGAUGAGGACACCUUGGAAGAAUGCGACGACAGCGAGUACAUGGAAACGACAUCACCAUCAGCCCAAACACCGAGACGUCUCCAGCUGCAAAUAAGAACGGGCCUGACCCAGAGCAACAGCAGCCUGAGCUCCAACCGCCAGUCCUAUUGCUACACGAACCAACAAUGCUACGACUCCGGAGGCUACGGAUACACCACCUACGCGGGCUACAUAAACGACGAGCCCCAGAAACGUCUGCAAUGCGACAACAAACCGAAGAUUAUGUCGGCCGUUUACAAGAAACAAAGGAGCAUGGUUAAUGGGGAGGCGAGUGUCGAUUUGGGGGAGGACGCAACGGAUGGGGACGGAUUGAGGAAUUGCACGGCGGAAGGUUUAGGGAGCAGCAUUAAGACGCACAUCAAACGGGUCGGCUCGCCGAAAUUCGAAAAAUUACAAAAUGACACAUCACCAACCGCUACCAAAGAGGAAACGGAUGUUAGGUCUGUAGAUUAUGAAAAUAAGGGGUUCGAGGCCAAUGAUAUGGCCCAGAGUUAGACGGCGGACAAUUGGGAACUUUUUUAGUAUCUUA